AUGGCCAACACCACAGGGCUGAACGCCACAGAAAUCGCAGGUUCGGUGGGUUUGAUCCUGGCGGUUCUCGUGGAGGUGGGGGCACUGCUGGGCAACGGUGCGCUGCUGGUCGUGGUGCUGCGCACUCCAGGACUACAAGACGCGCUCUACCUGGUGCACCUGUGCAUCGUGGACCUGCUGGCAGCCGCUUCCAUCAUGCCGCUCGGCCUGCUGGCCGCACCACCGCCCGGGCUGGGCCACGUGCGCCUGGGGCCUGAGCCGUGCCGCGCAGCGCGCUUCCUCUCCGCAGCGCUGCUGCCUGCCUGCACGCUCGGUGUGGCCGCGCUCGGCCUAGCGCGCUACCGCUUCAUAGUGCACCCGCUGCGGCCAGGCGUGUGGCCGCCGCCGGGGCUUGUCCUUACCGCCGUGUGGGCGGUAGCCGGGCUCCUGGGGGCGCUCUCCCUCCUCGGGCCGCCUCCCGCACCGCCCCCUGCCCCAGCUCGCUGCUCGGUCCUGGUCGGUGGCCUCGGGCCCUUCCGGCCGCUCUGGGCGCUGCUGGCCUUCGCGCUGCCAGCGCUCCUGCUGCUUGGCGCCUACAGCAGCAUCUUUCUGGUGGCCCGCCGCGCAGCCCUGAGGCCCCCGAGACCCGCGCGCGUGUCCCGGCUGCGCUCUGACUCUCUGGACAGCCGCCUCUCCUUCUUGCCACCCCUCCGGCCUCGCCUGCCUGGGGGCAAGGCGGCCCUAGCCCCGGCGUUGGCCGUGGGCCAAUUUGCAGCCUGCUGGCUGCCUUAUGGUUGCGCGUGCCUGGCGCCUGCGGCGCGGGCCGCAGAGGCUGAGGCGGCUGUCACCUGGGUAGCGUACUCGGCCUUCGCGGCACACCCCUUUCUGUAUGGCCUGCUGCAGCGCCCCAUCCGUUUGACUCUGGGUCGCCUCACCCGCUGUGCGUUGCCCCGGACCCCUGGAACCUGCACUUUGCACGCCUGGGAACCGCGGGCACUCUUGCAACGUCUCCAGGGAGCCCCACAGGGCCCUGCCCUAGGCCCUUCUGAGGCACCAGAUCCUGCCAGGGAAUUGGCAGGAGGACAGAGUCCAAGCAUGCCAGAGGCCACCUGA